AUGCCUAUCUUCAAAUCUCCCUCCACCGCUGGCCGGCCCAGGGUAGGCCAAAACAGCCCGCCCAACAUCCGUGGCCAGAUCAGCGGGCCCAUUCCCAUCGACGACGAGUUUCCCAUCAGGAACCCAGGAUCUGCUCUGGCUCUUGAAGGGCCACCGAGGACGGUCGAAACCAUCGCAGAGCGUGGUUCCGCCGUCCCGUCCGCGAAUACCCCUUCCGAGGUCACACGGGAGGACAAGACGGCUUCUGUGGCCAACUCCGGCCCCAACCAGCCUUCGAAUACCCCGAGCCCGCCACAGCGCAGAACCACUCGCUCCAGUACCUUGAGGUAUUCGACCGUCAGCGAUACCACCGAUGUGAACCAGCCGCACCGAAAGAAGUCAACGCUCAAAUCUGCAUUGGGGAAGCUAUUUGGGCGUGGCAAGAAGAAGAACCCGCGCCAACAGUCCAUUUCCGAGGUCCAAAUCAAUGCACCAGGAAACCAUCACCGAAGCGACCCGUCAGCCCUGAAUCGAGAAUUGAAUAUCAAAGAAAGCGAAUCGAAACGAUCAGCGUCGUUGCCGGUAACGGAAUUCAGCAGGGCUCUAAGAUCACAUUCCGUUGGACCAGAUGACAUAUUCGCCAUUCACAGCGCACGCAAUUCGCUACAGGUAGAUCUGGACUUCAGCAGAAGGAGAGCGGCAACCACGUCCAGCAGGGUAUUCGGUGCUCAGGUGAGGGACUUUGGUGGAGAGCUGAUAGGUCUAUCCCCGAGACCAGCAAGCACCCAUGGGCUUGAUCACCCUGUGCUUGGAGAGGAGGAUCCCGACGAUAUAGGCCGUGCUGUUACAAGUGACAGCUUCACAAACCGUCGCAGGUCGAGAAGCUUAUCGCAGCUCCCAGAUAUCCUGGGAAACCAACCGCUUGUUCGAAACCGAAGCGCUGAAAUCAAAUACUGGAGAGAAAGUUACGACCCCGGCCUCCUGUCGCCCGGCUUGUCUAACCCCAAUGACGACGAAACCGGCAUGGUGCAUGUAGAGACGCCAACAGGUUCGCCUGUCGAGCUCAAGCCGAAAUCGCCGCCGCAACCUUUCAACUUCGGUCCCAUGGCGAACAUGAAGAUCACGCAAGCAGCAAGCCUGGAAGACCGAAUAGGGACGCUGGAGGUCCGUAACGAAAAGCUGGAGAAGCUUAUAUCCCAACUGUUCCAAGUCGUGUCAGGCGUCAACACAUAUCCGGAGACCCCGGGCAGAGAGCCACCACCACCUCCCGCACCCAGGGUGUCGUCUUCCUCCUACACCGCGACAAGCUCGGCAGCCGUGGGACCGUCGCUCUACCAGACUGCAUCGCAUGAUUUCGAGCCCACCUAUAGAUACAGUGUGUCACGCCAGUCUAAUGAGUCGUUCGGUGAUGGACACACGUUCAUCGGGUCGAUCGCUCAGACAAGACCAAUCCCCCGACCAACGUCGAACGUAACAGUUCGCGGUGCUACUAGUUUGCCCCUCUUACCGAGGGAGAGCUCGGGGACUUUCAGCGCGGACCACUACACUACCCUGAAGGCGCUGCUCGACACGGAGCGCGCCGCGCGACAAGCGCUGGAAAGCCAGGUUACAAGGUUGAGCCACAAGGUCAACGUGAUGGCGCGCACUUCACACAAAGUCGACACGGACCCGGCUUCCGCCAGCUACACCAACGUGUCCACGUUUGAGUACGACAACGACGACGAAGAGGAACCCCUGAGCGCAAGCGUGAGCGUCGGUUCGGAAGCCUUCAAAACUCCUGGGGAGGAGGGCCCCAACCACGGAUUCGGAGCCUUCGGCGAAGAGCUCCGGGACCAGGAGGAACUCGUGGACGGGUCCAGAAAGAAGGCGGCCAGGACCCUCUCCCUCAGCCAGCUGACUCUCGGCAAGCCGAAGCAGUCGCACCAGCCCGGAGCUGGCGUCAACUUAUGA